UUUUGAACAAUGGAAGAUCCAACAUCGGAAAGAAUUAGCUGCAGCGGCCGCAUUGGACGAUUUUUCACCCUUUACUGGCGCGUGCUAGUGCUCAUCAUUACCCCUUGCCUGGCAGCCCUAGUGUUUCUUCUGGACACCACCCCCUCUCAUCGAUGCAUGUUCGUUGUGUUGAUCAUGGCCGCGUACUGGAUCUUCGAAGCACUUCCACUGCCCAUAACGUCCAUGCUUCCGGUGGUGCUCUUUCCACUUUUGGGCAUUUUGGAAACCGAUCGCACCUGCAUGAUGUACAUGAGGGAGACGUUGCUGAUGUUUAUGGGUGGACUCUUUCUGGCCCUGGCGAUCGAGCACUGUAAUUUGCACAAACGGAUUGCACUGAAAGUGAUCUGCUCGAUUGGCUGCAGUCAGCGAAAGUUGAAUUUCGGAUUGUUGACGGUGACGAUGUUUGUGUCGAUGUGGAUCUCCAACACUGCUACGGUUGCGAUGAUGUGCCCGAUCAUGAAAGCUGUCCUGGAGGAAUUGGAAUCGCAAAGUUUAUGUCAAAUGUAUCUCAAGCCCAUAUCUGACAGCAAGGAGGAAGAUAAGCAAAGCCACGAGUUGCCGAUUCCAAGUAGAAUAACAAUUUGCUACUUCACGGGAGCGGCCUAUGCGGCCAGUAUCGGAGGUUGUGGCACAUUGCUUGGUUCGGGAACUAACCUCACCUUCAAAGGAAUCUACGAGAGUCGCUUCCCGGAAGGGAAUCCGAUCGACUUUUUCCGAUUCACAAUCUACAACAUACCGGGAAUGCUACUGGGAACCUUCUUCGUUUGGUUUUACCUGCAGGUGGUUUACAUGGGAAUGUUCAGACCUACUAGCACAGCCGCCCGGGAAUCAUCCAUCAGCAAGGAAGGACAGGCUAUCGCACAUGGCGUCAUUAUGAAUCGUUACGGCGAGCUGGGACCGAUAACGUCUCAUGAGAUAAGUGUAGCCGCACUGUUCCUCGUAUCGAUUGUACUGUUCUUUUCCAGACAGCCUGGCUUCACAACCGGGUGGGCCGAUUUGCUACCAGAGAAGAAAAUUCAAGAUGCAACUCCUGCCAUACUCACAGUGUUGGCCCUUUUUGUUUUCCCGGAAAAUUGGAAUUGGUUGAAUUUCUUCAAAAUCAAUCCAUCGUCCUUACCCACGGCACCAUCACCAAGCCUCAUAUCUUGGAAAUUCAUCAACGAUAAGACGCCGUGGAGUUUGAUUUUCCUACUUGGUGGUGGGUUUGCUCUGGCUGAAGGUGGUCGCGUUUCCGGAAUGUCUGCAAUGAUCGGUCAGGCUCUGUCAGGGCUCAAGAAUUUGCCACUGCUCCUACUGCUAUUCAUCGUUUGUUUGACCGUUCACGUAUUGACGGAGUUUGCCUCGAACGUUGCCAUUUGCAACAUUGUUCUACCCGUUUUGGCAGAGAUGUCCCUAGCGAUGGAACUUCACCCCUUGUAUCUGAUGCUUCCGGUAGCCUUAUCGUGCAGUUAUUCCUUCAUGAUGCCUGUUGGAACUCCUCCGUUGGCUCUCGUAGCUGGAUUGAGCCACAUUCGUACCAAGGAUCUGAUAAAGGCUGGUGUCGGUGUCAAGAUUAUAAUGUUGCUAAUUAUCUGUGGUAUAUUCCCAAUCUACGGACCCAUCGUUUACCCUGAAAUCAAGAGCUUCCCAGGUUGGGCUAGACCAAUGAUGAACACCAGCGAGUCGCCUUCCCACAAUGCUUCAAUUCUCAGGCUGUUGACCGAAUGAUUGAGUGAGCAGUGUCAUGUUUUCAUACAGUUGUAUA